AAAGAAACUUCAAAAAUUGAUUGAUAAACACAAGAAUACAAUCAAUAAAGUUGGUAAUAAUGGUAAAACAACUUUGCAUUGGGCUGCAGAAAAUGGUUACAUAAGCGUUACUAAAAUGUUAAUCAAAAGCAAAGCUAAAGUUAAUGCUACUGACAACAAUAAUAAAACUGCUUUACAUUGGGCUGCAGAAAAUGGUCAUGAAACUGUUGUUAAAAUAUUAAUAGAAAAUAAUGCCAAGAUUGAUGCUAUUGAUAGUAAUAGUAAAACAGCUUUGCAUUGGGCUACAGAAAAUGCUCAUAUAGCUGUUGUUGAUAUAUUAAUAAAAAAUAAUGCUAAGAUAAAUGCUAUUGAUAAUUAUCGCUAUACAUCAUUACUUUAUGCAACAAAAGUAUAUCAUGAAAAAUUUAUUAAAAUUAUUAAAAUUUUAAUACAUCAUGGAGCUGAUAUCGAACUUGCUAAUAAGAAAGAAGAAAGAGCUUUACAUCUUGCUACUACUACAGGAAAUCUAAAAGAACAAGCUAAAACUGAAAAAAGUUUUGAUAAUCAACAUUUCAUUCAUAUUUAUUUUUCUGCAACAAAAAAAUAUAUAAAUAUUGUUAAGUUAUUAUUAGAACAAGAGACUGAUAAUAAAUUAAUAUUACAUUAUACUGUGGGCUAUCUUGAGAAUAUUAAAUUUUUAUUAGAAAAUGGAGCGAAUUCUAAUAAUAUUAUCGAUGAAAAUAACAAAACACCAUUACAUUGGGCUGCAUUUGAUUGUAAUGAAGAUAUAGUAAAUUAUUUAAUGAAAACAAAUCUUAAUUUGGUUAAUAUUACUGACAAAAAUGAAGAGAUAGCAUUGUAUGAAGCUGUUUGGAAUGGACAUAUAAAAAUUGUUGAAAUUUUUUUGAAAUAUGUAAAUAUUAAUAUGAAAAAUAUAAACGGUUGGAGCCCAUUAGAUAUAGCUGCAAUUUCUUAUGAUCAUAAAUUAAAUAAUUAUUCUAAAUUUAAACUUACUUAUUAUUCUAUACCAGAGCUAGUUAAAAGAUUAAAAAAUUUAGAUAGAUUACAAAAUUUAGACAAUUAUAAUGAUAUUGAUUUUAUUUCUUUUUAUCAAUUUCUUCUAAAACAUAUAGAAAAAUAUGCAAAAAGUCUUGAUAAUGAUAAGAAUGAAUACAAGAAGAUACUUAAUUAUCUAUCUACACAUACUCUUAGCAAAAUUUGUAAUCUUAAAUUUGGAUCAGAAUCUAAUUUAAUAAUUAAUAUCAAGGAAUAUUUCGAUAUGUUAGAAAAAGAUAUUAAAUUAUUAUGUGAUGUAAGCAAACAAAAAAUAAUAAGUGAAAUUAGUAACAAGUAUGAAAAUGAAUUUAAAAUAAAAGUUAGCGAAGCUUAUAAUAUUAUUGAAAAUCAUAUUAAACCUAAAAUGGAUAAUCUUAUCAAAGAGAUAGAUGAAAGAAUAAAGUUAUUAAUUAAUGAAACAGAAGAAUUAAUAGAAAAUAUUGAGAAAAACAAAUUAACUCUAGAAGAUAAACGAGAAGAAUUGAAGAAUAAAAUCAUAUUAAAACAAACUUUAGGAAUUUUAAAAAUUAUAGGCCAAGCAAUGAAUACUGUCGGUGGUCCAAUAGGAGUAGCUGGUGAUUUAAUAAAAGGAGGAACUAAUGUAGCUGAAGCAUUUAUUUCAAACAAUACUUAUAAACCAAAGUUUGAAAUUUUUUCAGAUAUAAAAAAUACUUUAAAGCAAAUAGAAGAAUCAUUUAAAGAUGAUAAAUAUGAGACAAAAAUGAUAGAGCAACAAUUACAAAAAUUAACUGAUGAGUGUAACAAAUUUCUGAAUAAAUUAUCUGUUGUAAAAAAAAGUUUAAUUAAGGUUAAAGAAACAUUAGGCAAUAGUAAUUCAGUAAAAAUAGUGAAAUCAAUAAAAAGUGAAUUAGAAAUAGUGCAAAAAAAUUUAGAAAAAUUAAAAAGUAAUGAUCAAGAAAAAGAAUUGUCUGAAGUAGUACAUAAUCUUAACAGUAGAAUCGAAACUAUUGAAAUGGCAUUUGAAUUAUUUUAUGAAUAUAAACAUGAUAACGAAGAACUUGAUGAAAUAAAUAAUUCAAUAAAACAAGCAGAAGGUGAUAUUAGAAAAUUAAAACAAUAUAAAGAAAAUAUUAUUAACAAAACUAUUUUUCCUAUGAUUAAAAAGAUGCAAAAUGAUAUAAACAAUAUAGAAAAUGAAAUAGAUACAAAAUCACAUGCUUUUCUUGAUUUAACUAAAUGGAAAGUGCAAAAUUCUUUUGAAACAAUAAAAUAUGAAAUUCGGAAAAUUUCAGAAGGAUUUAAAGUACAAGAAGAUAUAACUCAUUAUAUAAAAAUGUUGAAAAAAGGAAUGAAUACUCUUAUCAAUAUAUAUGAUCAUAUACAAAAUUAUAGUGAUCAGUCCAGGCUUUCUAACUACAUUGCACAUAUCAAUUCACAAAAAUCGAUUGAAAUAAAGAAUGAAAAAUUGAAAAAUCAUAUUGAAGAACUGGAACUAACAAUAAGAACCAACAUUAUAAUCGGGCAUUUUAGAAGGGCUAUAACUGUAUUCAAACAAUGGGUAUUUCCAUAUGCAUAUAAGUAUUCAGAUGUAUUAAAUUUACAAUUAAAUGAUAAUGCUAUAAAUGUUAAUGAGAUUAUAGAACAUCUAGGAAACCUUAAAUCAAAAGUUGAAAGUCAUUACGUAUAUAUUAAGAAUGAUGACCAAUUUUUGAUGAGUAAAGAAUUUUAUAGUGAAGAAACACAACCAUUUUUUGUAUGGGAAGCCAAAGAAUAUCGUAAAGAAAUAUCAGAACUGCUAAAAGGAGAUGAAAUAACUGUAAAAGCAGAUAUAAUUAAAACCAAUCCUGAAAAAAACGCAGUCACAUUUAGUAAGAUAGGUAUCAGACUUAAAUCGAACAAUGUAGAAAUACAAAAUAAAAUUAACAGUGAACUAGAUGAACAUUUUAAAGUAAAACUGAUUCAUUUAGGUAACUCAUAUUAUAGAUAUUGCAAUAAGUUUUAUUUGAUAAGAAGCGAUGAACAGCAUAUUAUUUAUAGUUAUAAAAUGAAAAAUGGAGAACCAGUUAGUAGCAAUCAAGUUUACAAAAAAAUUAAGGAUGGAGAAUUAAUGCUUAGUCCUUAUACUACCUGGAAAAUAAAACUUGAUAAACUUCAUGAUAAAGUAGAUUAUAAUAAACUAAAGAUUUAUGAAACGGAAGUUGAUCUAGAGUUGGUAGGGCAUGGUGAAUAUAUUGAUCAAGAUGGUAGCAGUGUUUCAAAUGAGGAAGUAGAAAAAUGGUAUGAAAAAUAUGUACAAGACAUCAUUAACUAA